AUGCAGCAAGCCACACUAGAACACCUAUCUUUCGGCUCCGAUUUCGAAAUCAAUGUCACGCUGGGGAUGCUCGUGACCGUGAACAACCCGAACCACGCGAGCUUCAGGUACGAGAACACGACGGCCUUCGUGAGCUACCGCGGCUUGCCAGUGGCGGAAGCGCCCGUGCAAGAGGACACCAUCCCGGCGCGCGGGAGUCACGACAUCCGCACGGAUUUAUUUGUGGACGGGGACCGCGUGGUGGCGAACCCCGGGUUUAUGGAGGAUUUGGUGGCGCGACGCUUCAAUUUUACGUCGUCCACCACGCUCCACGGGAGAGCGAAGGUGCUCAACUUGUUUAAGAUAACGGCCACCACUUAUAGCACGUGUGUCAUCUCUGUAGAUAUUGAUGCUCAGAAUGCAACCUCUUUUUGCAAUUCCAAAUUUAAGUACUAG